GCGCGCGCGGCGCGAUGACGUUCCUCUGUGCUCAUGGGCGAGGGGCGGGCCCUGAACGUCUCCAUGGUAACCUUGGGACACGACUCGACAUCGCCUGGGUAACCCGGAGACGCGGCGGGCGUUGAAAAUGCAAUGGGGCAUGUGGGAUGAGGAGGUGGGGAAGGGUACUGGGGCAGAGAGAUGCCGAUCGAUAGAAACAGCGAGGAGAGAGGGAGAGAGACCAGAGACUCAAGGGCAAAGAGAGACGAAGGACCGGCGGGAGGAAGAGAGAGAGAGACAGAGAGACAGACUCACAGACUGGGAGGACCGGAGACUCGACGCGAGGAGAGACAGUGAAAAUAAGUGAACAAACAUAGAGACACGGGUCCAAGUUAUAAGAGGGCUGAGUGGAUCAGAGGGUCAGGGCCGGGCAAACAGGUGUCAGAACAGUUAGCAAGAGAGAGGCAGAUCAGAAAGGGAUGCAGAUGAAAGAGACACAAAGAAGGAAACGCAGAAUGGGUUCACAGAGACAAGAAAUGCAGAUAUCCAGACUCAAGAGGUAGACAAGAAGGAAGAGGGACAGAAACAAGAGGGGAGAAAAGGGACAGAAAUUAGAGAUACAGUAAGAUGGAUUGACAGUUUUCAAAGACCUAGAGAAAGAUGACAGCACGAAGAGAGACAGGGAGAAUCCGAGGUAAAACUGUUAGGAAAACUUAGGAGUCCAGAUGCUGUCCAGUUAUAUGCUACCUUGUACAGGUUGAUAGGUUGCAAAUGCUUUCUGUCCAGUGUAUCGCUUUGUAGCUCACUAAGCAGUUUUGUAUCCAACUUUGUGCUUUUAUUUCAGUGUUUUUCUUUUUCUUUCUUUCUUUCUUUUUUUUUUUUUUUUUGACGGAGUCUCGCUGUUGCCAGACUGGAGUGCAGUGGCACGAUCUCGGCUCACCGCAACCUCCGUCUCCCAGGUUCAAGCGAUUCUCCUGCCUCAGCCUUCCGAGUAGCUGGGACUGCAGGCUGCUCCACCACACCCGGCUGAUUUUUGUAUUUUCAGUAGAGAUGGGGUUUUACCAUGUUGGCCAGACUGGUCUUGACCUCCAGACCUCUGGUGAUCCGCCCACCUCGGCCUCCCAAAUUGCUGGAAUUACAGGUGUGAGCCACCGCGGCCGGCCAGUGUUUAUUCUUCCUUUCCUGUCUUCCUAGAAUCAUCUUGCUGCUUCCCUCAGUACGGUAAAUAAAUCUUUGACACAUGCUCACUGAGAGUCAUGUUUUUAACUGUUUUGAAAUUAUAUUUGGCAGUCUGAAGGGAACCUGUUCUCCGGGCUAGGGGACAAACAGGGAAAAAGAAAAUAGUGACACAUACCCAGGAAAGGAAGGAGGAAGGGAGGGUGAUGUAAGACAAAGACAUUAGGCGGCGAGAAAGCCAGCCUUUGGUCAGAAGCAGCUUCUGGCGCCCCUGGCUGGACUCUGUGCGGUGCGGCCUCGUUGCCAAACUACAUUUUCCGGCAGUACCCGGGACGCCGGCCGCAGAGCGGAGAGCGUCGCAAGGGGCGGGCCUGACGCAGCCUCCUCCCUGCCCGGCCGUCGCCAGGCAACCUUCCCCCUUCGCGGCCGAGAUGGACCCUGGGCUCGGCGUCCUCCGGAAAACUGCACUGUGAGGCGGGGCGAUGGGGAAGGGCCGAAGCCCCGCCAGCCCAGCUAAAGCAGACGGCUCGCACUGCGACCCGAAGCGCGAGUCAUGGCUGGGGCCUUAGUGGCAACAGCGGGCUGCCAUCAGCGGGCUCAGUAGCAGGAACACAAGCGCCCCCUUGCGGUGUCUGGAGGAAGCGGCGCGGACAGUCUCCCGCUCCACCGUCUCGGGCCUGAAGAGGCCGCUGAACGCUCGCGAUUACUGAGGCAUCUGGUAGGACCGCAAGGCCAUCAACCUGCAGGUGAAGCUCGAGGCGCUGUGGCGCUUUGAAGCCGGAGAGAAGCUCAGUAGAAUCGGGAAGGCGCUGGGGCUGUCCAACUCCACCUUGGCCACCAUUCGUGACAACAAGGAAAAGAUCUGGGCGAGUUCCCAGGAGGCCACACUGCAGGCGGCCACCAAGUUGACGCGUGGCCGCAGCCUGGUGAUGGAGAACAUGGAGCAGCUGCUGAGCGUGCGGAUGGAGGACCAGAGCCAGCGCAACAUGCCCCUCAGUGUGGUGCUCAUUCGGGAGAAAGCCCACAGCCCGUUCGAGAACCGCAAGCAGGAGCAGGGCGAGGGCGCCUAGCCCGAGAGCUUCGGGGCCGGUCGAGGGUGAUUCGCUGGCUUCAAGGCGCGCCACAGCUUGAGCAGCAUCGGGGCCAGCGGCCCAAGAACCCAGCGUGCAAGAACCCAGCGUUAAUGCGCAGGGUGAUCCCGGAGGGCGGCUACACACUCUGGCUGGUGUUCACCAUGAAUAAGCUCUGGCUGGUGUUCACCAUGAAUAAACCCAGGUUCCUCUGUAAGCGCCUGCCGAGAGGACGUUCAUUUUCCUGUGGAAGAUGAGUCGGGCCCUGGGUCAAAGCCGCCGGAGACCUCCUGACCCUAUUGCUCGGUGGCAACGCAGCCGGCGACUUCAAGCUGAAGGCCCUGCUGGGGUACCCCUCGGAGAACCCGUGUUUCCUCAAGGGCUCCUUCAAGCCCAACCUGCCCUUGGUGUGGUGCUCGCACAAGAAAGCCUGGGUACAGCCUGGGUGACAGAGCGAGACUCCGUCUCAAAAAAAAAAAAAAAAAAAAAAAAGCCUGGGUAACCAUGAGCCUCUUCCAGGAGUGGUUCCUGCACUUCUGCUCUACAGUGGAGGGCGCUGCACCCAGUACGACCUUCCCUACAAGGGGCUGCUCAUCCUGGACAGCACUCCCGGCCACCCUGGGUGUUGAGACAGAGUCUGGCUCUGUCGCGCAGGCUGGAGUGCAGUGGCGCGAUCUCGGCUCUCCUGACCCCAUGAUCCACCCGCCUUGGCGUCCCAAAGUGCUGGGAUUACAGGCGUGAGCCAUGGUGCCCGGCCCUUUAAUUCCCCCAAUAUUUUUUUAUCUGCAUUAACUUAUUAUUUCAAGUGAACUUCCAUCUCAAAUACAUGGUUCUCAGACGCUUCCAUGAACUCUCAAGUGUGACUUAUUACAGCCUGGGGCUCCUUGGAGCACAGUGUGCCAGUGACCUAGUGGAAGGCCAUGAGAAAGCCAGGUUCACUGUUCACUGUGCAGCAUCUCCCUCCAUGGUCUUCCUGGAGCCUAUUCCCACUGCACUGAGCAUUCCGUGUGUCCAGAGGUAGGGUUAGCAGGGAUAGAUGGACUUCCUGCUUAUUUUCUGUUCACAUUUCCACUGACCUUCAAUCCUGUAGACUGCAAAGAUUGAGCCAGCUGAGCCCCCAAAGAGACUCAGCAGUGCAGAAUGUGGGCCUGAGUGGGAGGACUGCCCAGCCGCACACCUUCCAGCUCUGUUCCUCCCGGGCCCUGGAUGCUUCUUGCCACGCUGUCCUCUGAAAUGACGCUCUGCCCCAGCAGACCUGUGGUAGAUGAGUGUGUCUGUGCCUUGUGUUUGUAUAUGUGAGUAUCCACAUGAGCAUGCCUAUGUGUAUGAGUGUGUAUGUCAGUGUGGUGAGUUGCUUCUGUCCACACACUUGUGUAUAUGAGUGUGCAUGCAAGUGUGCUGAGUGUGAAAGUGUGCCUGUAGACAUGUUUGCCUGUGUGUGCGUAUGUGUCAAACACAGCUGUUUCUGUGUGUGAGUGUGCCUUAUCUGUGUGUGUGUGCACGUGUGCACGUGAAUGUGUUGAGUGUUCCUGUGUGAACACAGGUGUGUUCCUAUGUGUGUUAUGUGAGCAUGUGCAUAUGUGUAUUCUCGAGGGCUGAGGGACCCAGCCCUACCUUCAGCACCUGCUAACUGUCCCCACACCCACAGCGGGCCCAGCACAGGGAUCACAUUGUCAGGGUGACCUGGAUCCUACUUGAAGCCUUUGAGCUGGGCUGUGGCUUUAUCCCUGAGGCCAGGCUUCAUGUCCAGAUGGCCAUGCCAGAGGUUGACGUGGCAGAGAAGGAGUGUGACACAGGCCAGUGGAGCGAGUGGAGCCAGCCUGUGUGCUUCCAGGCUCCCCAGAGACAAGGGUCUCCCUCUGUUGUCCAAGGCUGGAGUGUAGUAGUGCUAUCGCAGCUGACUGCAGCCUCAACCUUCCAGGCUGAAGCGAUCCUCCCACCUCAACCUCCCACAUGGCUGAGACUACAGGUGCUUGCCACUAUGCCCAAGUAAUAUUUGGUAUUUUUGUAUACGUGGAUUCCAGAGGGGUGACAGCGAAACUAGGUGACCUCACAGUGACUCAAGCUACCACUUACUGUUGAUUGUGACGAAAUGCCAGCUGAGGCACAUGCCUUGGGAGCUAAGUGGUUGCUGCCCUUGACCACUAUGAAGACUGGUUUGGGAAGGGUCGCUUUGGAUGCACUUGAGCAGGGGUCCCCAACCCCUGAGCCAUGGAGCCGCAAGGAGCCACACAGCAGGAGGUGAGUGGUGUCGAGUGAGGGAGUGAGGGAAGCUUCGUCUGUAUUUACAGCCACUCCCCUUUGCUCACAUUCCCGCCUGAGCUCCACCUUCUCAGAUGAGCAGCAGCAUUAGAUUCUCAUAGGAGAACGCACCCUGUUGUGAACCGUGCAUGUGAGGGAUCCAGGUUGCGCUGUGCUUAUGAGUAUCUAAUACCUAUUGAUCUGUCACUUUCUGCAUCACGCUCAGGUGGGACCAUCCAGUUUCAGGAAAACAAGCUUAACACGCCCACUGAUUCUACAUUAUGCUCCUACCUCCCGGCAGCCUCGCCAGGCCCAGAACUCUCUCCAGUCAGCCUCUACAGACCAAGCUCAUGACUCACAAUGGCGUAUUGAGGCCCAUACCCUACCUCACGGCAGUCUCCGCAGAUGAGCCUACUGCCUCACAACAGCCUCCACAGGCACAGCUCCAUCGUUACAAUGGCCUCUUUAGACCCAGCUCCUGCCUCCCAGCCUUCUCUCCAGGCCCUGAACUUUCUCCACAUGGGGUCUCACUUUGUUGGCCAGGCUGGUGUCAAACUAAUGGGCUCAAGUGACCCUUCCACCCCUGCCUCCCAUCCUCGAGGUGGGACCAUCCAGUUUCAGGAAAACAAGCUUAACACGCCGACUGAUUCUACAUUAUGCUCCUACCUCCCGGCAGCCUCGCCAGGCCCAGAACUCUCUCCAGUCAGCCUCUACAGACCAAGCUCAUGACUCACAAUGGCGUAUUGAGGCCCAUACCCUACCUCACGGCAGUCUCCGCAGAUGAGCCUACUGCCUCACAACAGCCUCCACAGGCACAGCUCCAUCGUUACAAUGGCCUCUUUAGACCCAGCUCCUGCCUCCCAGCCUUCUCUCCAGGCCCUGAACUUUCUCCGUAAGUUGAGGUAGCUGGGACUGUAGGUAUACAUGACGAUACUUGGCUAAUUUUUAAAUUGUUUUGCAGACAUGGGGUCUCACUUUGUUGGCCAGGCUGGUGUCAAACUAAUGGCCUCAAGUGACCCUUCCACCCCUGCCUCCCAUCCUCGAGGUAUGUGCCACCACAAGGGGCACUUGUUCAAUUUUCUAAAGAAAAAAUUUCUAAAGUAAGGCUGUGGGAUGAUGGCAGGAAGAUAAAAGAAAAACAGAAGAAUAAGUUAAAAUGACUUAUUCACACAUAUUCUUUUGACAGCAAGAAGAACUUUUAGUAUAUACAUUCCUUACAAACAAACAAACGGCAGAUAAACAAUGUUGUAUAGGAACUUCAACACACACUGUACAAUAUUCCCACUUUGCUGACGUAAGUUAUGGAAAUUUCGUGGUUUCCUUGAGUGUCGCUACCAGUAUUUUGCUUCUCUGAUGAUUUUUAUCAACUUCCUCAUCUGUUAACUUCUCUCCAAAGUAUGUCAUGUCACGACAUACUGCCGCUGCACGAACACGGCCAGUGUCUUCCUAUUAAACAUGUAGAAUGCUUUCCUAAUUUCUCUUUUUACUCUCUGUCUUUGUGUUCUGCAUUUUCCUUACUUUUAUUGUCAGAAACUCCAGAAAGUCAAUCGUACUAAUUUAUCACGAUUUGCUUUAUUAAUUUAUACUAUGCUUAUAUGGAAUUUUGCCCAACAGACCUCAUUACAAUUUGGGCCAGGGCCCAGGGUUAGGGUUGUUUUAGGGUCAGGGCCAGGGCCCUGGGUUAGGGUUUUAGGCUCAGGGUCAGGGCCCAGGGUUAAGGUUUUAGGGUCAGGGCCCAGGGUUAGGGUUUUAGGCUCAGGGCCAGGGCCCAGGGUUAGGGUUUUAGGCUCAGGACCAGGGACCAGGGAUAGGGUUUUAGGCUCAGGGCCAGGGCCCAGGGUUAGGGUUUUAGGGUCAGGGCCCAGGGUUAGGGUUGUUUUAGGUUCAGGGCCCAGGGUUAGGGUUGUUUUAGGGUCAGGGCCCAGGAUUAGGGUUGUUUUAGGGUCAGGGCCCAGGGUUAGGGUUGUUUUAAGGUCAGGGCCCAGGGUUAGGGUUGUUUUAGGGUCAGGGCCCAGGGUUAGGGUUGUUUUAGGGUCAGGGCCCAGGGUUAGGGUUGUUUUAGGGUCAGGGCCCAGGGUUAGGGUUGUUUUAGGGUCAGGGCCUAGGGUUAGGGUUGUUUUAGGGUCAGGGCCCAGGGUUAGGGUUAUUUUAGGGUCAGGGCCGAGGGUUAGGGUUGUUUUAGGGUCACGGCACAGGUUUAGGGUUGUUUUAGGGUCAGGGCCCAGGGUUAGGGAUUUAGGCUCAGGGCCAGGGCCCAGGGUUAGGGUUUUAGGCUCCUGGCCAGGGCCCAGGGUUGGGGUUUCAGGUUCAGGGCCAGGGCCCAAGGUUAGGGUUUUAGGCUCAGGUCCAGGGCCCAGGGUUAGGGUUUUAGGCUCAGGGCCAGGGCCCAGGGUUAGGGUUUUAGGCUCAAGGCCAGGGCCCAGGUUUAGGGUUUUAGGCUCAGGGGCAGGGCCCAGGGAUAGGGUUUUAGGCUCAGGGCCAGUGCCCAGGGUUAGGGUUUUAGGCUCAGGGCAAGGGCCCAGGGUUAGGGUUUUAGGCUCAGGGCCCAGGUUUAGGGUUGUUUCAGGGUCAGGGCUCAGGGUUAGGGUUGUUUUAGGGUCAGGGCCCAGGGUUAGGCUUGUUUUAGGGUCAGGGCCCAGGGUUAGGUUUGUUAUAGGGUGAGGGCCCAGGGUUAGGGUUUUAGGCUCAGGGCCAGGGCCCAGGGUUAGGGUUGUUUUAGGGUCAGGGCCAGGGCCCAGGGCUAGGGGUGUUUUAGGGUCAGGGCCAGGCCCCAAAGUUAGGGUUGUUUUAGGGUCAGGGCCCAGGGUUAGGGUUUUAUGCUCAGGUCCAGGGCCCAGGGUUAGGGUCUUAGGCUCAGGGCAAGGGCCCAGGGUUAGGAAUGUUUUAGGGUCAGGGCCAGGGCCCAGGGUUAGGCGUGUUUUAGGGUCAGGGCCAGGGCCCAGGGUUAGGGUUGUUUUAGGGUCAGGGCCCAGAGUCAGGGUUGUUUUAGGGUCAGGGCCCAGGGUUAGGGUUUUAUGGUCAGGGCCAGGGCCCACGGUUAGGGUUUUAGGGUAAGGGCCAGGGCCCAGGGUUAGGGUUUUAGGGUCAGGGCCCAGGGUUACGGAGUUAGGGUCAGGGCCCAGGUUUAGGGUUUUGGGUCAGGGCCCAGGGUUAGGGUUUUAGGGUCAGGGCCCAGGGUUAGGGUUUUAGGGUCAGGGCCAGGGCCCAGGGUUAGGGCUUUAGGUACAGGGCCAGGGCCCAGGGUUAGGGCUUUAGGUACAGGGCCAGGGCCCAGUGUUAGGGUUUUAGGGUCAGGGGUCAGGGCCCAGGGUUAGGGUUUUAGGCUCAGGGUCAGGGCCCAGGCUUAGGGUUUUAGGCUCAGGGCCCGGGCCCAGGGUUAGGGCUUUAGGGUCAGGGCCCGGGGCCCAGGGUUAGGGCUUUGGGACCAGUGCCCGGGGCCCAUGGUUAGGGCUUUAGGGUCAGGGCCCAGGGAUAGGGUUGUUUUAGGGUCAGGGCCCAGGGUUAGGGUUGUUAUAGGGUCAGGGCCAGGGCCUAGGGUUAGGGUUGUUUUAGGAUCAGGGCCAGGGCCCAAGUUAGGGUUGUUUUAGGUUCAGGGCCCAGGGUUAGGGUUUUAGGCUCAGGUCCAGGGCCCAGGGUUAGGGUUUUAGGCUCAGGGCCAGGGUCCAGGGUUAGGGUUGUUUUAGGGUCAGGGCCAGGGCCCAGGGUUAUGGUUGUUUUAGGGUCAGGGCCCAGGGUUAGGGUUGUUUUAGGGCCAGGGCCCAUGGUUAGGGUUGUUUUAGGGUCAGGGCCCAGGGUUAGGGUUGUUUUAGGGUUAGGGCCCAGGGAUAGGAUUUUAGGCUCAGGGCCAGGGCUCAUGGUUAGGGUUUUAGGCUCAGGGCCAGGGCCUAUGGUUGGGGUUUCAGGCUCAGGGCCAUAGCCCAAGGUUAGGGUUUUCGGCUCAGGGCCAGUGCCCAGGGUUUGGGUUUUAGGCUCAGGGCCACGGCCCAGGGUUAGGGUUGUUUUAGGGUCAGGGGCAGUGCCCAGGGUUAGGGUUGUUUUAGGGUCAGGGCCAGGGCCCAGGGCUAGGGGUGUUUUAGGGUCAGGGCCAGGGCCCAAAGUUAGGGUUGUUUUAGGGUCAGGGCCCAGGGUUUGGGUUUUAGGCUCAGGUCCAGGGCCCAGGGUUAGGGGUUUAGGCUCAGGGCCAGGGCCCAAGUUUAGGGUUGUUUUAGGGUCAGGGCCAGGGCCCAGGGUUAGGGUUGUUUUACGGUCAUGGCCAGGGCCCAGGGUUAGGGUUGUUUUAGGGUCAGGGCCAGGGCCCAGGGUUAGGGUUGUUUUAGGGUCAGGGCCAGAGCCCAGGGUUAGGGUUGUUUUAGGGUCAUAGCCCAGGGUUAGUGUUGUUUUAGGGUCAGGGCCCAGGGUUAGGGUUUUUUUAUGGUAAGGGCCCAGGGUUAGGGUUGUUUUAGGGUCAGGGCACAGGGUUAGGGUUGUUUUAGGGUCAGGGCCCAGGUUUAGGGUUGUUUUAGGGUCAGGGCCCACGGUUAGGGUUUAAUGAUCAGGGCCAAGGCCCAGGGUUAGGGUUUUAGGGUAAGGGCCAGGGCCCUGGGUUGGGGUUUUAUGGUCAGGGCCAGGUCCCCGGGUUAGGGAUUCAGGGUCAGGGCCAGGGCCCAGGGUUAGGGUUUUAGGUUCUGGGCCAGGGCCCAGGGUUAGGGUUUUAGGCUCAGGGCCAGGGCCCAGGGUUACGGUUUUAGGGUCAGGGCCAGGGCCCAGGGUUAGGGAUUUAGGGUCAGGGCCCAGGGUUAGGGAUUUAGGGUCAGGGCCCAGGUUUAGGGUUUUAGGGCCAGGGCCCAGGGUUAGGGUUUUAGGGUCAGGGCCCAGGGUUAGGGUUUUAGGGUCAGGGCCCAGGGCCCAGGGUUAGGGUUUUAGGGUCAGGGCCCAGGGCCCAGGGUUAGGGUUUUAGGGUAAGGGCCCAUGGCCCAGGGUUAGGGUUUUAGGGUCAGGGCCCAGGGCCCAGGGUUAGGUUUGUUUUAGUGUUAGGGUCCAGGGUUGAGUUUGUUUUAGGGUCAGGGUCCAGGGUUAGGGUUGUUUUAGGGUCAGGGCACACGGUUAGGGUUUUAGGAUCAGGGCCAGGUCCCAGGGUUAGGGUUUUAGGCUCAGGGCCAGGGCCCAGGUUUAGGGUUUUAGGCUCAGGGCCAGGGACCAGGGAUAGGGUUUUAGGCUCAGGGCCAGGGCCCAGGGUUAGGUUUUUAGGGUCAGGGCCCAGGGUUAUGGUUGUUUUAGGGUCAGGGCUGAGGGUUAGGGUUGUUUUAGGGUCAGGGCCCAGGGUUAGGGUUGUUUUAUGGUCAGGGCCAAGGGUUAGGGUUGUUUUAGGGUCAGGGCCCAGGGUUAUGGUUGUUUUAGGGUUAGGACCCAGGGUUAGGGUUUUAGGCUCAGGGCCAGGGCCCAGGGUUAGGGUUUUAGGCUCAGGGCCAGGGUCUAGGGUUGGGGUUUCAGCCUCAGGGCCUGAGCCGAAGGUUAGGGUUUUCGGCUCAGGACCAGGGCCCAGGGUUAGGGUUUUAGGCUCAGGGCCAGGGCCCAGGGUUAGGGUUGUUUUAGGGUCAGGGCCAGGGCCCAGGGUUAGGGUUGUUUUAGGGUUAGGGCCAAUGCCCAGGGCUAGGGUUGUUUUAGGGUCAGGGCCAAUGCCCAGGGCUAGGGUUGUUUUAGGGUCAGGGCCCAGUGUUAGGGUUGCUAUAGGUCCAGGGCCCAGGGUUAGGGUUUUAGGCUCAGGGCCAGGGCCCAGGGUUAGGGUUUUAGGCUCAGGGCCAGGGCCCCGGGUUAGGGUUUUAGGCUCAUUGCCAGGGACCAGGGAUAGGGUUUUAGGGUCAGGGCCAGGGCCCAGGGUUAGGGUUUUAGGGUCAGGGCCCAGGGUUAGGGUUGUUUUAGGGUCCGGGCCCAGCGUUAGGGUUCUUUCAGGGUCAGGGUUAGGGUUAGGGUUGUUUUAGGGAUAGGGCCCAGGGUUAGGGUUGUUUUACGGUGAGGGCUCAGGGUUAGCGUUGUUUUAGGGUCAGGGCCCAGGGUUAGGGUUGUUUUAGGGUCAGGGCCUAGGGUUAGGGUUGUUUUAGGGUCAGGGCCCUGGGUUAGGGUUGUCUUAGGGUCAGGGCCCAGGGUUAGGAUUGUAUUAGGGUCAGGGCCAGGGCCCAGGUUUAUGGUUGUUUUAGGGUCAGGGCCCAGGGUUAGGGUUGUUUUAGGGUCAUUGCCCAGGGUUAGGGCUUUAGGCUCAGGGCCCCGGGCCCAGGGUUAGGGCUUUAGGGCCAGGGCCCGGGGCCCAUGGUUAGGGCUUUAGGGCCAGGGCCCAGGGUUAGGGUUGUUUUAGGGUCAGGGCCCAGGGUUAGGGUUGUUAUAGGGUCAGGGCCAGGGCCUAGGGUUAGGGUUGUUUUAGGAUCAGGGCCAGGGCCGAAGUUAGGGUUGUUUUAGGUUCAGGGCCCAGGGUUAGGGUUUUAGGCUCAGGUCCAGGGCCCAGGGUUAGGGUUUUAGGCUCAGGGCCAGGGCCCAGGGUUAGGGUUGUUUUAGGGUCUGGGCCAGGGCCCAGGGUUAUGGUUGUUUUAGGGUCAGAGCCCAGGGUUAGGGUUGUUUUAGGGUCAGAGCCCAGGGUUAGGGUUGUUUCAGGAUCAGGGCCCAGGGUUAGGGUUGUUUUAGGGUCAGGGCCCAGGGUUAGGGUUGUUUUAGGGUCAUGGCCCUGGGUUAUGGUUGUUUUAGGGUCAUGGCCCAGGGUUAUGGUUGUUUUAGGGUUAGGGCCCAGGGAUAGGAUUUUAGGCUCAGGGCCAGGGCCCAGGGUUAGGGUUUAGGCUCCGAGCCAAGGCCCAGGGUUAGGGUUUUAGGCUCAGGGCCAGGGCCCAGGGUUAGGGUUUUAGGCUCAGGGCCAGGGACCAGGGAUAGGGUUUUAGGCUCAGGGCCAGGGCCCAGGGUUAGGGUUUUGGGGUCAGGGCCCAGGGUUAUGGUUGUUUUAGGGUCAGGGCCGAGGGUUAGGGUUGUUUUAGGGUCAGGGCCCAGGGUUAGGGUUGUUUUAGGGUCAGGGCCAAGGGUUAGGGUUGUUUUAGGGUCAGGGCCCAGGGUUAUGGUUGUUUUAGGGUUAGGCCCCAGGGUUAGGGUUUUAGGCUCAGGGCCAGGGUCCAGAGUUAGGGUUUUAGGCUCAGGGCCAGGGCCCAGGGUUAGGGUUUUAGGCUCAGGGCCAGGGACCAGGGAUAGGGUUUUAGGCUCAGGGCCAGGGCCCAGGGGUAGGGUUUUAGGGUCAGGGCCCAGGGUUAUGGUUGUUUUAGGGUCAGGGCCCAGGGUUAGGGUUGUUUUAGGGUCAGGGCCCAGGGUUAGGGUUGUUUUAGGGUCAGGGCCAAGGGUUAGGGUUGUUUUAGGGUCAGGGCCAGGGCCCAAAGUUAGGGUUGUUUUAGGUUCAGGGCCCAGGGUUAGGGUUUUUGGCUCAGGGCCAGGGCCCAGGUUUAGGGUUGUUUUAGGGUUAGGGCCAGGGCCCAGGGUUAGGGUUGUUUUAGGGUCAUGGCCAGUUCCCAGGGUUAGGGUUGUUUUAGGGUCAGGGCCAGGGCCCAGGGUUACGGUUGUUUUAGGGUCAGGGCCCAGGUUUAGGGUUGUUUUAGGGUCAUGGCCCAGGGUUAUGGUUCUUUUAGGGUUACAGCCCAGGGUUAGGGUUUUAGGCUCUGGGCCAGGGUCCAGGGUUAGGGUUUUAGGCUCAGGGCCAGGGCACAGGUUUAAGGUUGUUUUAGGGUCAGGGCCAGGGCCCAGGGUUAGGGUUGUUUUCGGGUCAUGGCCAGGUCCCAGGGUUAGGGUUGUUUUAGGGUCAGGGCCAGGGCCCAGGAUUAUGGUUGUUUUAGGGUCAGGGGCCAGGGUUAGGGUUGUUUUAGGGUCAGGGCCCAGGGUUAGGGUUUUAGGCUCAGGUCCAGGGCCCAGGGUUAGGGGUUUAGGCUCAGGUCCAGGGCCCAGGGUUAGGGUUGUUUUAGGGUCAGGGCCCAGGGUUAGGGUUUUAGGCUCAGGUCCAGGGCCCAGGGUUAGGGUUUUAGGCUCAGGGCCAGGGCCCAGGUUUAGGGUUGUUUUAGGGUCACGGCCAGGGCGCAGGGUUAGGGUUGUUUUACGGUCAUGGCCAGGGCCCAGGGUUAGGGUUGUUUUAGGGUCAGGGCCAGGGCCCAGGGUUAGGGUUGUUUUAGGGUCAGGGCCAGAGCCCUGGGUUAGGGUUGUUUUAGGGUCAUAGCCAAGGGUUAGUGUUGUUUUAGGGUCAGGGCCCAGGGUUAGGGUUUUUUUAUGGUAAGGGCCCAGGGUUAGGGUUGUUUUAGGGUCAGGGCACAGGGUUAGGGUUGUUUUAGGGUCAGGGCCCAGGUUUAGGGUUGUUUUAGGGUCAGGGCCAACUGUUAGGGUUUAAUGAUCAGGGCCAAGGCCCAGGGUUAGGGUUUUAGGGUAAGGGCCAGGGCCCUGGGUUGGGGUUUUAUGGUCAGGGCCAGGGCCCCGGGUUAGGGAUUCAGGGUCGGGGCCAGGGCCCAGGGUUAGGGUUUUAGGUUCUUUGCCAGGGCCCAGGGUUAGGGUUUUAGGCUCAGGGCCAGGGCCCAGGGUUAGGGUUUUAGGGUCAGGGCCAGGGCCCAGGGUUAGGGUUUUAGGGUCAGGGCCAGGGCCCAGGGUUAGGGUUUUAGGGUCAGGGCCCAGGGCCCAGGGUUAGGGAUUUUGUGUCAGGGCUCAGGGCCCAGGGUUAGGGUUUUAGGGUCAGGGCCCAGGGCCCAGGGUUAGGGUUUUAGGGUCAGGGCCCAGGGCCCAGGGUUAGGGUUUUAGGAUCAGGGCCCAGGGCUCAGGGUUAGGGUUUUAGGGUCAGGGUCCAGGGUUAGGGUUUUAGGGUCAGGGCCCAGGGCCCAGGGUUAGGGUUUUAGGGUCAGGGCCAGGGCUCAGGGUUAGGGUUUUAGGGUCAGGGCCCAGGGUUAGGGAUUUAGGGUCAGGGCCCAGGGUUAGGGUUUUAGGGACAGGGCCCAGGGUUAGGGUUUUAGGGUCAGGGCCCAGGGUUAGGGUUUUAGGGUCAGGGCCAGGGCCCAGGGUUGGGGUUUUAGGGUCAGGGCCAGGGCCCAGGGUUAGGGUUUUAGGGUCAGGGCCAGGGCCCAGGGUUAGGGUUUUAGGGUCAGGGCCCAGGGCCCAGGGUUAGGGAUUUUGUGUCAGGGCCCAGGGCCCAGGGUUAGGGUUUUAGGGUCAGGGCCCAGGGCCCAGGGUUAGGGUUUUAGGGUCAGGGCCCAGGGCUCAGGGUUAGGGUUUUAGGGUCAGGGUCCGGGGUUAGGGUUUUAGGGUCAGGGCCCAGGGCCCAGGGUUAGGGUUUUAGGGUCAGGGCCCAGGGCCCAGGGUUAGGGUAUUAGGGUAAGGGCCCAGGGCCCAGGGUUAGGGUUUUAGGGUCAGGGCCCAGGGCCCAGGGUUAGGUUUGUUUUAGUGUUAGGGUCCAGGGUUGGGGUUGUUUUAGGGUCAGGGCCCAGGGUUAGGGUUGUUUUAGGGUCAGGGCACACGGUUAGGGUUUUAGGAUCAGGGCCAGGUCCCAGGGUAAGAGUUUUAGGCUCAGGGCCAGGGCCCAGGGUUAGGGUUUUAGGCUCAGGGCCAGGGACCAGGGAUAGGGUUUUAGGCUCAGGGCCAGGGCCCAGGGUUAGGUUUUUAGGGUCAGGGCCCAGGGUUAUGGUUGUUUUAGGGUCAGGGCUGAGGGUUAGGGUUGUUUUAGGGUCAGGGCCCAGGGUUAGGGUUGUUUCAGGGUCAGGGCCCAGGGUUAGGGUUGUUUCAGGGUCAGGGCCCAGGGAUAGGGUUGUUUCAGGGUCAGGGCCCAGGGUUAGGGUUGUUUCAGGGUCAGGGCCCAGGGUUCGGGUUGUUUCAGGGUCAGGGCUCAGGGUUAGGGUUGUUUUAGGGUCAGGGCCCAGGGUUCGGGUUGUUUCAGGGUCAGGGCUCAGGGUUAGGGUUGUUUUAGGGUCAGGGCCCAGGGUUAGGGUUGUUUUAGGGUCAGGGCCCAGGGUUAGGGUUGUUUUAGGGUCAGGGCCCUGGGUUACGGUUGUUUUAGGGUCCGGGCCCAGGGUUAGGGCUUUAGGGUCAGGGCCCUGGUCCCAGGGUUAGGGCUUUAGGGUCAGGGCCCGGGGCCCAGGGUUAGGGCUUUAGGACCAGGGCCCGGUGCCCAGGGUUAGGGCUUUAGGGUCAGGGCCCAGGGUUAGGGUUGUUUUAGGGUCAGGGCCCUGGGUUAGGGUUGUUAUAGGGUCAGGACCAGGGCCCAGGGUUAGCGUUGUUUUAGGGUCAGGGCCAGGGCCCAGGGUUAGGGUUGUUUUAGGGUCAGGGCCAGGGCCCAAAGUUAGGGUUGUUUUAGGUUCAGGGCCCAGGGUUAGGGUUUUAGGCUCAGGUCCAGGGCCCAGGGUUAGGGUUUUUGGCUCAGGGCCAGGGCCCAGGUUUAGGGUUGUUUUAGGGUUAGGGCCAGGGCCCAGGGUUAGGGUUGUUUUAGGGUCAUGGCCAGGUCCCAGGGUUAGGGUUGUUUUAGGGUCAGGGCCAGGGCCCAGGGUUACGGUUGUUUUAGGGUCAGGGCCCAGGUUUAGGGUUGUUUUAGGGUCAUGGCCCAGGGUUAUGGUUCUUUUAGGGUUACAGCCCAGGGUUAGGGUUUUAGGCUCUGGGCCAGGGUCCAGGGUUAGGGUUUUAGGCUCAGGGCCAGGGCACAGGUUUAGGGUUGUUUUAGGGUCAUGGCCAGGGCCCAGGGUUAGGGUUGUUUUCGGGUCAUGGCCAGGUCCCAGGGUUAGGGUUGUUUUAGGGUCAGGGCCAGGGCCCAGGAUUAUGGUUGUUUUAGGGUCAGGGGCCAGGGUUAGGGUUGUUUUAGGGUCGGGGCCCAGGGUUAGGUUUGUUUUAGGGUCAGGGACCAUGGUUAGAGUUGUUUUAGGGUCAGGGCCCAGGGUUAUGGUUCUUUUAGGGCUAGGGCCCAGGGUUAGGGUUUCAGGCUCUGGGCCAGGGCCCAUGUUUGGGGUUUCAGGCUCAGGGCCAGAGCCCAAGGUUAGGGUUUUCGGCUCAGGGCCAGGGCCCACGGUUAGGGUUUUAGGCUGAGGGCCAGGGCCCCAGGUUAGGGUUUUAGGCUCAUUGCCAGGGACCAGGGAUAGGGUUUUAGGGUCAGGGCCAGGGCCCAGGGUUAGGGUUUUAGGGUCAGGGCCCAGGGUUAGGGUUGUUUUAGGGUCAGGGCCCAGGGUUAGGGUUGUUUCAGGGUUAGGGCCCAGGGUUAGGGUUGUUUCAGGGUCAGGGCCCAGGUUUAGGGUUGUUUCAUGUUCAGGGCCCAGGGUUAGGGUUGUUUGAGGGUCAGGGCCCAGGGUUAGGGUUGUUUUAGGGUCAGGGCCCAGGGUUAGGGUUGUUUUAGGGAUAGGGCCCAGGGUUAGGGUUGUUUUACGGUCAGGGCCCAGGGUUAGGGUUGUUUUAGGGUCAGGGCCCAGGGUUAGGGUUGUUUCAGGGUCAGGGCCCAGAGUUAGGGUUGUUUUAGGGUCAGGACCCUGGGUUAGGGUUGUUUUAGGGUCAGGGCCCAGGGUUAGGAUUGUAUUAGGGUCAGGGCCUGGGCCCAGGUUUAUGGUUGUUUUAGGGUCAGGGCCCAGGGUUAGGGUUGUUUUAGGGUCAGUGCCCAGGGUUGGGGUUGUUUUAGGGUCAGGGCCAAGGAUUAGGGUUGUUUUAGGGUCAGGGCCCAGGGUUAGGGUUGUUUUAGGGUUAGGGCCCAGGGUUAGGGUUUUAGGCUCAGGGCCAGGGCCCAGGUUUAGGGUUUUAGGCUCAGGGCCAAGGCCUAGGGUUGGGGUUUCAGUCUCAGGGCCAGAUCCCAAGGUUAGGGUUUUCGGCUCAGGGCCAGGGCCCAGGGUUAGGGUUUUAGGCUCAGGGCCAGGGCCCAGGGUUAGGGUUGUUUUAGGGUCAGGGCCAGGGCCCAGGGUUAGGGUUGUUUUAGGGUCAGGGCCAAUGCCCAGGGCUAGGGUUGUUUUAGGGUCAGGGCCCAGGGUUAGGGUUGUUUUAGUGUCAGGGCCCAGGGUUAGGGUUGUUUCAGGGUCAGGGCCCAGGGUUAGGGUUGUUUUAGGGAUAGGGCCCAGGGUUAGGGUUGUUUUACGGUCAGGGCCCAGGGUUAGGGUUGUUUUAGGUUCAGGGCCCAGGGUUAGGGUUGUUUUACUGUCAGGGCCCAGGGUUAGGGUUGUUUUAGGGUCAGGGCCCAGGGUUAGGGUUGUUUUAGGGUCAGGGCCCAGGGUUAUGGUUGUUUUAGGGUUAGGUCCCAGGGUUAGGGUUUUAGGCUCAGGGCCAGGGCCCAGGGUUAGGGUUUUAGGCUCAGGACCAAGGCCUAGGUUUGGGGUUUCAGUCUCAGGGCCAGAUCCCAAGGUUAGGGUUUUCGGUUCAGGGCCAGGGCCCAGGGUUAGGGUUUUAGGCUCAGGGCCAGGGCCCAGGGUUAGGGUUGUUUUAGGGUCAGGGCCAGGGCCCAGGGUUAGGGUUGUUUUAGGGUCAGGGCCAAUGCCCAGGGCUAGGGUUGUUUUAGGGUCAGGGCCAAUGCCCAGGGCUAGGGUUGUUUUAGGGUCAGGGCCCAGUGUUAGGGUUGCUAUAGGUCCAGGGCCCAGGGUUAGGGUUUUAGGCUCAGGGCCAGGGCCCAGGGUUAGGGUUUUAGGCUCAGGGCCAGGGCCCCGGGUUAAGGUUUUAGGCUCAUUGCCAGGGACCAGGGAUAGGGUUUUAGGGUCAGGGCCAGGGCCCAGGGUUAGGGUUUUAGGGUCAGGGCCCAGGGUUAGGGUUGUUUUAGGGUCAGGGCCCAGGGUUAGGGUUCUUUCAGGGUCAGGGCCCAGGGUUAGGGUUGUUUCAGGAUCAGGGCCCAGGGUUAGGGUUGUUUCAGGGUAAGGGCCCAGGGUUAGGGUUGUUUCAGGUUCAGGGCCCAGGGUUAGGGUUGUUUCAGGGUCAGGGCCCAGGGUUAGGGUUGUUUCAGGGUCAGGGCCCAGGGUUAGGGUUGUUUUAGGGAUAGGGCCCAGGGUUAGGGUU